GCACGAAGCGAAUGGAUUUCACGCCAUCAUCGAUGAGUGUUCUCUGCCAUCUCCACUUCAAAGAUGACUGCUUUCUCAACCGGUCUGCUUAUGAUCAAGGAUUUGCAAAAAAAAGUAACGAGACUGGGGGAAGCUAUUGAAUGGAACUGGAGGGCCUGAAAAGAUGCAGUUAGGAGUUGGAAGGCUUCAAUGUAAAAGUUGUCGUCACUGACACUGACAGGCAUCGCCAGGUGCUGAAAUGGAUCAGGGAGAAUUGGACCCAAGUCAUCCAUUAUUAUGAUUGUUGGCACAUUGUUAAAGACACCGGAGGAAAAGAAGCAGUGUCUGGCAUGUGUGGACCACCUGCAGAACAUGCACGAUAGUUGUUUACAUCCUCCAAUUACUAGAGAAAAAGCGUGGCUAUUACCAGGUACUGAAGUCAAUGUCGCAGUGGUGGAACUCCUGACAAAGACCAUGUUUGUCAACGAUGUCAUGAAGAUGUCUCACCUCGGACAGACCAGUGGCGUGGAAGCUUUUCACAGUGUGGUGAAUCACUUUGUCCCAAAGAUGUACUACUUCUCGUACAAAGGAAUGAAAAGCAGAAUAAUUCUUGCUGCUAUGCAUUAUAAUGAAAAUGCUGGCAGACCACAGAACGUGACAAAGGAAGGAAUACACUCCUACUGUAUCGUUUAUCCCAAAUAUAAGAGUGGGGGGUAUUCUCUGAGAAAGAUACUGCUGGAUGCAACUUAUGACUAUGUGAAUGACUGCCUGUCAGAGGUGAUGAAACUGAUUGCCAUUCAAAAUAAGUACAGAACUGGUGAUGUGUGUGUCGACCCGCAAUUUUUGACAGCAGCACUGAACAGACCAGACCGGACAAGUCAACCGUUACUGCCGAGCACCAGACUCGAUUCCUCAGGAAAUAAAAAAAUUACAUUCCCUGUCUUCAGUUGUCCUCAUUUGUUUAUUUUUAUUACAGUAUUUUGUUAUGAUUGACACCAUGUCCACAUUAACCACUCUAAAACCAGUCCCAAUCACAGUUCUGG